UAUAUGUACAAUAUAUAUGGGAUAGAGCACGCUACUAGUUUCUAGUUUCUAAUACGCAAUAACGAUGGCAUCUGCUAGCUUGUCUUCAAACAAGUUAAAGCUUAAUCACCUUACGAUCAACAAUUAUAAUCGACAAUUUGCUUACGAGUCACAGAAACAGUUUAUUAAAUCUGUUCAAGAUUAUUCUAUCAAAACAAGCCAGUCUCCUGUUGAUAUAACUAAUGAUGUAUUUUCUCUUAAAAGUUUACUACCUAAACAUCAGUUAAUGAAAUGGUCCACUGAACUAUCUAUGCGUAAUAAUAUUGCGAGUGGAAUCCAUUAUAUAGAAUGCAAUCUAGGAAAGUUCAUGUAUGAAAGUGUUCAGCUUCUAAUAGCUCUUCAUAGGGUUCAAGAAAUGAAGCUAGCAGUUGAUCAAGAGUUAACAUGGUUUAAUUCUCCCAAGUUAGUACCAAAAUCAAUCAGUAUUUUUCCUUCUCAAAAUUUAAUUGAAAAAUUCAAAGAAGUGCUUUUUAAAAGGCCAGCUAACAAUGAAAUAUCAGAAUAUGGGAUGAGCCCUAACACUUUAGCUGAGUUAUGUUGUGCUAGAUGGCUUUCAUCAGAUCAUAUGCUGCAAAUUUCUAGCAUUUUAAACUUGAUCCAAAGAAUAACUGUUGUCCCUGAAAAGCUGAUCUUUAUUAUAAAUGUUGGAGGAAAUAACGAGAAAACAUUUUCUGGUACAGAUUUAAAUGCAGGUUGCCACUGGACACUUGCAGUUUAUGAUAGUAUUGAAGGUAAUUUUUACUAUGGAGAUUCUUUAGGAUGGUCAGCUCCAGAUGAUUUUUUAACUAAAGUACUUCUUUGCACGGUUGAAGAAGUUUUUCAAAUUGGUAUGUCUAUAACAUUUGCGAGCAUGUAA